AAUAAAUAGGAAAAAAAAGGAAGAAGACGAAGACCGAGCAAAGGUCUCGCCUUUGCUACUUCUCUCCCACGAAAUCUCUACGUAGAUCGAUAGAUCAGCAAUGGAGGAGGAGGAGGCUGGAGGGGGGGCAGCGAUGGCGGUGGUGGAGAGACUGGUGAAGUCGGUGGCGGAGAUCUCGGCGAUCUCUGACUUCGGCCAGGCGUACAAGAAGGAGCUCUGCAACCUCUCCCGGCGCAUCAAGCUUCUCGCUCCCAUGUUUGAUGAGCUUAUUGAUAGCAAGGUCCCAAUCCCUGUGGAUGUGCUCCGAUCGCUGGCUUCGCUCCAGGCGGCGCUAAACUCUGCUCUUGACUUGCUGCGAUUUGGCAGCGAGGGCAGCAAGCUCUUUAUGGUGUUGGAGAGAGAUAAAAAUAUGAAAAGAUUUCAGGAUGUGACUGUCCAAUUAGAACAAGCUCUGGGUGGAAUUUCUCUUGAAAAACUGGAUAUAUCAGAUGAAGUUAGAGAGCAGGUUGAACUUGUUCAUGCUCAGCUCCAAAGAGCAAAAGACCGGGUCCAUAUGCCUGAUGUUGAACUAUACAAUGAUCUGGCUUCCAUUUACAACAAGAGCACUGAUCUGCCCAGCAUAGAUCCUUCUCUUUUGCAUAAAUUGGCUGACAAAUUGCAGCUGAUGAGCAUAUCCGAUCUUAAACAAGAAUCAUUGGCUUUGCAUGAAUUAGUUGCAGCCAGUGAUGGUAGAGAUCCUGGAGAGAAUAUUGAAAAGAUGUCCAUGCUUCUCAAGAAGAUUAAGGACUUUGUGCUGACCAACAACCUUGAAAUGAGCACGACAACUGAUGACGAUGCAAAGCACCUAGCACCUGUCAUACCAGAUGACUUCCGUUGUCCUAUAUCGCUGGAACUGAUGGAAGAUCCAGUCAUUGUGGCCAGUGGACAGACCUAUGAGAGGAGAUGCAUCAAGAAAUGGCUGGAAGGUGGACACGACACAUGCCCAAAGACACAACUGAAGCUUCCUAAUAUGUCCCUAACCACGAACUAUGUCCUCCGCAGCCUCAUAUCACAGUGGUGUGAGGCUAAUGGUGUGGAAUGCCCAAAACGUCCUUCUUUGCCUAUCAGUCUCACCUCUGCUUGCUCCUCAAGUGAACAUAACAAUGUGGACUCACUUCUCCUCAAGUUAUCUUCUCCUAACCCUGAUGAACAAAGGUCAGCUGCUGGUGAGCUCCGCCUGCUUGCCAAACGCAAUUCGGACAACCGCAUCUGUAUUGCCGAGGCUGGUGCCAUACCCCUCCUGGCAGGUUUACUGCUUACUGUUGAUACUUGCACUCAGGAACAUGCAGUCACUGCUCUUUUGAACCUCUCAAUCUAUGAGGAGAAUAAGGCAAGGAUAAUCUCUUCCGGGGCUGUGCCUGGAAUAGUUCAUGUGCUAAGAAAUGGUAGCAUGGAAGCACGAGAGAACGCUGCUGCCACAAUCUUCAGCCUUUCAGUAGUUGAUGAGAAUAAGGUAACUAUCGGGGCAACUGGCGCCAUCCCAGCGCUUGUUUCACUUCUUAGUGUGGGCAGUCCACGGGGUAAGAAGGAUGCGGCAACAGCACUGUUUAACCUGUGUAUAUACCAAGGAAAUAAGGGGAAGGCAGUGAGGGCCGGAUUGGUACCGACCCUUAUGGUGCUUUUGAGGGACCCAGCGGGUGGUAUGGUGGAUGAGGCCCUUGCUAUACUGGCAAUUUUGUCAAAUCACCAUGAGGGGAAGGCAGCAAUUGGAGCUGCAAAGGCAGUGCCAAUGCUAGUAGAUGUGAUUAGAAGUGGAUCCCCGAGGAAUAGAGAGAAUGCAGCAGCUGUUCUACUGCAUCUCUGUGGUGGAGAGCAACUGCAGCACCAUAUAGAACAAGCACAGGAGUGCGGAGUUAUGGGUCCAUUACUAGAACUUGCCUCAAAUGGAACAGAGAGAGGUAAGAGAAAGGCUAAUCAGUUGCUUGAACGCAUGAGCAGGUUCCUUGAUCGACAGAAGCAAUUUGAGGCUCAAGCUGAGGUUUUCAUUGCCCCUGGAGAGCAGUCUGGAUUUCUUGGUUCAACAACCUUUUCCGGUCAUUAAGAUUCUUUCUUUCUUGUUGUGUUGGCUAGAUUACUUGAUGUGUGAUAUGAUGUUUGAUGAGAAGGCUGCUUAAAACCCAGGGCCUCGAUGAUUUAAUUGUCAUGAAUGUUCUACAUUACUUUGUUGGUCACUGAACAUAUAGACCCGUUGUAAUAUUUAUAGAGCAGUAAUCAACAAAACAGAAAAGCAAUGUAAUGUGAAAUGUGGUGAAGUUCCCUGUUUUUCAGAAUGGGAACACUUUGUUUGAUCCUUUGAUGAUUUUGGUAACUAUGUGUUGCAGAUA